UGAUGAUGUUGCUAUUUACUUUACGUGCAUUUUGAGUUUUUGACUAAUGAUUUGUUGCUAUGUUCAGGAGGAUCUAUGGUUAUCUGCUUUUCCUGUCGGUACUGAGUGGGAAAACAUUGAUAAGAUAAAGGAGUUCAACUGGAGCUUUGAAAAUUUAGAGAAAGCCUUAGAAGAAGGCGGCGAGCUUCAUGGUAAAACAGUUUAUCUGUUUGGAAGCACUGAGCCCCAACUAUUGGAUGUUAAUGGCGAAUCAAAGAUAAUGCUUAUUCCAAUUGUAGUUGCUUGUGGACACGACAAAUAUGAAGGAUCUGAAGAAGAUAGAAGAGCACUGAGACAAUUUUAA